AUUCCAGAAGCUAUCAAAAUGUCAUCACAGCAGUUCGACUACCUUCUUGUACUGGAUUUUGAGAGUACGUGUUGCGACGGUGCGCCCAUCUUACCCUAUCAAGAAAUUAUCGAGUUUCCCGUGGCAAAGCUGGAUACGCGAACGUGGACUGUAAGCUCAUAUUUUCAUCAAUAUGUUAGACCAACAGCAAAUCCCAAUAUCACAUCAUUUUGCACACAUUUAACUGGGAUAAUCCAGGAAAUGGUUGAUAAUCAACCUGCUAUUGAUGAAGUUCUGCGCCAGUUUCACUCAUGGAUGAAAGAUGAAGGAUUGUUAAACAGUCGCACAGCCUUUGUCACCUGUGGGGAUUGGGAUCUAGGGAUCAUGCUGCCUUCAGAAGCGAAAAAUAAGAGAUUGGAGAUUCCGGAUUAUUUUUCUCAAUGGAUCAAUAUCAAAAAGUCCCAUUGCGAUCACACGGGAACAUUUCCGAAAGGAUUAAAAGAUUUGCUCAAUGCUUAUGGUUUACAACAUGCGGGUCGUCUUCACAGUGGUGUUGAUGACGUAAAGACUAUUUGUACCAUUACUUCUGCGUUGGGCAGGCAAGGAUAUAUCUAUAGGUGA